AUGAAAAAGCAGAGGCGGACGGCUGAAACAGAGAAGAACACCUCCGUAGCAAUGGACGACGACAGAAUAUCGCAACUACCAAUACCUUUACUUCACCACAUCCUCUGUUUCCUCUCUCAGAAAGAAGCUGUGAGAACUUGUCUGCUCUCCAAACAAUGGCGCCACAUUGGAACAACCCGCCCCAGCCUCGAAUUCUUCCAAGAAUGGUUCGACAACACACAAGAAAAGGUUGUCUCCGUCAGGCGUUCCACACGAUCAACUCGCCGCAACCUCAACUCUUACAAAAAAAAUUUCAACAAAAACUUUGUCUCCGUAGUCAACCGAAUCCUACAAGGAUACCUUGAUCAAAACCUCUUCAUACACAAACUCCAUCUCUGCUUACCCAGGCCCGACUCACGACCGGCUGUCUCCCUUAUCGACAAAUGGAUCCGGAUAAUAGCAGCCCUCAACAUAAAAGCUUUCAAACUCCAUCUUUGGUAUCUUCCGCCGUAUUACAACCUGCCCUCGGCAGUCUUCUUAUCCGAGUCCCUCGAAGAACUACACCUGUGCAAUUGCAAGCUGAGCCCGGCCGAGAGCGUGCGGUUCAAACGUCUGCGCUCACUCACCCUGCAUUCUGUCCAAGUUGAUGGUGGGACAUUGGAGACUAAAACGUUGGGAUGCCCUUUGCUCAGGCGCCUGGCCCUUAAUAAUUGUUGUGAGUUGAGAAACGUAAGGCUGAGCGAGGCGCCUGAGCUCAAGCACUUUACGUUGUUUGAUAUCAAGAUUAUUGAAGGGCGUAGCAUCGAAAUCGAUGUCCCGAAUCUCGAGACAGUCUUUAUCACUGGCCCAUGGAUUUGGUCUCACCGCCAAAGCACAUUCUUGUUCUCUCGUCUCACCAGUUUGCAUCUCUGUAAUGUGAUCCUGUCGGGCGAGUCGAUCGACCUGUUAUCGUUCGGCUGCCCGACUCUUGCAAGCUUGACCCUAAAUAAUUGCUCCGGUUUCGAGGAAUUCCAUCUUGCAAGUGAUUCGGUCAAGUCAUUGAAAAUCUCGACAUGCAAAAUAUUUCUUAAAGGAGUUACGAUUUGUGCCCCAAACAUUCUCAAUUUUUGGUUAAGUGCCUGUAUUCUCCAGACGCCGGAGACAUUCUCUUUUAUGACCACUAAUUCCAAGGUGUGGUCCUCAAAUGUAUUCCUGUAUUUGAGUGAGGUAGAUCCCGAUCUCGACGUCAAUUCGUGGUUUCUUAAGCUGAGAGGAACGCUCAAGGCACUAAGUGAGUCUCAAAUGUAUCUGACUCUGCAGAUAAACAACGGCCCUCUGGAUGUGCCAUGUGGUGCUGUUGACAACAGUCGUCUUCUCAAUGACGAGCCGCCUAUGGUGAUGGAGAACUUGACAUUUAGUACUUCUAAAUGUCGAACGGCAUCUUGGUACUCGGGCUUUACGAAUGGUUUGUUCCGUGUUUGUCGACCGAGGAGUAUAUGGAGUGGUGUGUACCCGUCGGACAACCGGCUCUCAGAGUUUCAGUUCAACAUCUUGCUUGCAAACAUGAGCCUGGGGACCGAGCCCUACUUUUGGCAGCACGAUUUGGAGCAAGUGUACGUGAACACUUUCGAUGGGCAGCUCAUUCAGUGGACGGACCUUUCAGAAUUGCGAAACAGGACGUAUGACAAGAAAAUAUGCCUUAAGUUGAAAUGGAGAGGUCAGACGACGGCAUAA